ACCAGCCAAAGGAAUAUAGAACCAGAGCUUCUGAGAAUUAUUCUCACGAAUAAUUCUUUGGAUAAAGUUGUAUCAAAUGCUGACAUCGAUUUCAGAUUAUCUGAUUCUCUAACAAUAUUAAAAGGAAGAGUAUCAG